CUCUCUCUCUUUCACUCUCUGCUUUCCUGAAGUGCUGCAGCCACAGAGAGAGACCGCAUCGAAAAAACAAAAAAAGAAAAACACAUUGUCGUGCGCUGGCAGUUCUCUCUAAUCCUAUUCUAUAGUGAAGAAAGAAAGAAAGAAGAAAGCCCACAAUAUUAUUUUUUUCUUUCCAAAAAACGCUUGCACAGUUGGUGGAAUGGGAAACUAUCAGCUCAGUUCACUCUUCUCGCCAUGAAUGACGCCUGGCCUAUGAUUGCCAUUGUGGGUUAUCUCCUGUGGUGACUGCACACUCAAGAGUUUUCUUCCCUGCUGCAUCUCGAGACCCACUGAUCUCACCAUUGCUGCAAUCCCCUCAUCAGCUUGCAUCACCCCUCUUUCCCCUCUUCCCUUCUUCUUCUGCUUCUAACUAUCCUCCGAAUCCCCGUGAAGACCUGCCAGUGGAGCCAGAAUGGAGGACACUUACAAUAACAGGACUUCCCUUGUUAAGGGGGCCAAGGGCAUGGUCAAGGAGGCCAAACGGCAUGCAGCAAAGAAAGUCAACAAGGUGGUCGAUCGCGCUACGGAUGAGUACUCAGCUCACCGCAACUACAGCCGAUUCCAGGAUGAGGAGGACGAAGAUGAGGACUUCUACCGAAACCCGCCGAAGCAGGACGGAGAGGGUUACCACGACAACGAGGAAGGCUCCAGCGAUGCCACAGAGGGCCACGACGAUGAGGAUGAGAUCUACGAGGGCGAGUACCAGGGGAUCCCCUCGGCAGGAGACAAGAAGCAUAAGGAGGGCCAGGUGGCGUUGGGACAACCGGUGUCAGACUCCACAAGGGACCGUAAGGAGCUGGAGCAGGAGAGGCAGGCGGAUGAGGAGGAGCUGGCCCAGCAGUACGAGCUGAUCAUCCAGGAGUGUGGCCACGGGAGGUUCCAGUGGCAGCUGUUCCUGGUACUCGGGCUGGCGCUCAUGUCAGACGGGGUGGAAGUGUUCGUGGUGGGCUUUGUGCUGCCCAGCGCUGAGACAGACAUGUGUGUGCCCAACUCCAGCUCUGGAUGGCUCGGCAGUGUUGUUUACUUGGGGAUGAUGGUCGGAGCGUUCUUCUGGGGAGGGAUGUCUGACAAAGUGGGCCGCAGACAAUGCCUCCUCAUUUGCAUGUCCACGAAUGGCUUCUUUGCCUUCCUGUCAUCUUUCGUCCAAGGAUAUGGCCUCUUCCUUCUUUGCCGUCUCGCCGCUGGCUUCGGGAUAGGAGGUGCUGUGCCCAUCGUUUUCUCCUUCUUUGCAGAAGUGUUGUCCAGGGAGAAAAGAGGAGAACACCUCAGCUGGCUGUGUAUGUUCUGGAUGAUUGGAGAGAUCUAUGCAUCUGCUAUGGCCUGGGCCAUCAUACCACACUAUGGUUGGAGCUUCAGUAUGGGUUCAGCGUACCAGUUUCACAGUUGGAGGGUGUUUGUCGUCGUCUGUGCUCUGCCCUGUGUGUGUGCCGUGGUGGCUCUUACCUUCAUGCCUGAAAGUCCCAGGUUCUACCUUGAGGUGGGGAAGCAUGAUGAAGCCUGGAUGAUCCUCAAACAGAUCCACGACACCAACAUGAGAGCGCGUGGGCAACCGGAGAAAGUCUUCACCGUAAACAGGAUCAAAAUUCCCAGACAGCUGGAUGAAUUGGUUGAAAUGGAAUCAGAAUCCGGCAACCCAGUUUCCAAGGCUUUCUUCAGGAUAAAGGCUGAAGUACAUGGGAUCUACCUGAACCUUAUGAAGUGCUUCAACUACCCGAUGCAAGAAAACAUGAUGCGACUGGCCAUAGUUUGGUUCACACUAUCUUUUGGGUAUUAUGGUCUCUCAGUCUGGUUCCCUGAUGUCAUCAAACACCUUCAGGCAGACGAGUACGCCUCCAAAGUGCAGAUCCACACCAAUGAACGCAUUGAAGGCUUCACCUUUAACUUCACUCUGGAGAACCAGAUACACAAAAACAGCCUCUUCAUUAAUGACCAUUUCAUCAACAUGAAGCUGAAAUCCGUCACCUUCAUUGACUCCACCUUUCGUAACUGCUACUUUGAUGAUGUGACAUCGGUGGGCUCCAUCUUCCGAAACUGUACUUUUGUUGAUGCCGUCUUCUUCAACACAGAUAUCGAUGAAUCCAAGUUGAUUGACGGCACAGAGGUGGUCAACAGCACUUUCACUCACAACAAGACAGGAUGCCAGAUGACAUUUGAUGAUGACUACAGUGCCUACUGGGUUUAUUUCAUCAACUUCCUGGGGACUCUGGCUGUUCUGCCUGGGAACAUUGUGUCCGCACUUCUUAUGGACAAAAUUGGGCGUCUCUCCAUGUUAGGAGGCUCCAUGGUCCUCUCAGGCAUCAGCUGCUUCUUCUUGUGGUUUGGCACCAGUGAGUCAAUGAUGAUCUUCAUGUUGUGCCUUUACAAUGGCCUGAGCAUCUCUGCCUGGAACUCCCUGGAUGUGGUCACGACUGAGUCCUUCCCUACCGUCAGGAGGGGAACGGGCUUUGGAUUCUGCAAUGCUCUGUGCAAGCUGGCUGCAGUCCUGGGGAACCUGAUCUUUGGUUCUCUUGUGGGCAUCACCAAGGCCAUCCCCAUCCUCAUGGCCUCAUCAGUGCUCGUUGGUGGAGGCCUGGUUGGACUCCGGUUGCCUGACACCCGGGCGAAUGUCCUCAUGUAACACCAGAGUAGCAUUUGGGAUAAAACCUGGAUGUCCGAGUCCAAGAAGAAACCCAGCGAGCAUUUUGAGUAAGGAGUGCAAGUGGCUUGGUUCAUACAUAUCUUCGCACUACUAGUCACAUUUCACUAGUAUAUCUUAGGUAAAGUCAGAUUACAACCAACCUUUUCACAGAUCGUUUGACUUUCAUCAUACAAAUUAGAUCUCUGUGAGGCAAUUUUAAGCUUAGAUGCUUUGGGAUUGAUUUGUCUUGAGGUUUCACAUGACCAAGACAAGAAUUUGCUCAGGUUUUGGUGCUGAGACAUUAGUGGAGUCUUGUUUAUUGACUAGUUUAACCGUCCAGAUGCAGUCAGAACCACGUGUGGGGACAGUGUAUGGUUAAAGCUCAAGGCUUUUAAUAUUGAUACAGUCUUAUUAAGACGAGCCAGAUGGGAAGAAAAUUGAAAAACAAGCCGUAAUGAGCACCACCAACCUGCUGUGUGACAACGUAGGGAAUAGAUGAUCAGACAGAGCGGACUCAUGACACAGCUGUAUGACAGCUGGUUUGCCCACGGGACAAGUGUACAGAAAGUCAUCCCACAGAAAUACAGAGAACCAAAUGCAGAAACCUCAUGCGCAAAGACAAGACAUUCACAUAUAACUGCACUUUUUUCCAACUCUACACUUAGAUCACACUGUAAACACAUUACUGUAUUUUGAUCAACAUGACAUUUGCUCAGAUACCUGCAAAGUUUUCAGAGUAGAUAAAUAGGAGACCAAGCCCUUUGCAUUACCUACCCAAUAAGAAUUACAAAGGCCAUACUGAAAAACGAUAUUUUCUUGUACCAGUAUCUGUAUGUUAAGUUGAAUUUAAGGAUGCUAAUCUUAUUUUCUGCUGUGUUAUUGUGGAAGUUGGAUUAAUUAAUUGCUCAUUUUGUCCAAAUGUUGUGAUUCCACAUCCCCUUCCGCGUGUUGUAUCAUUGUACAGAGGCUCUCUGAAGAGCUCUCCUUCUGAUUUAGCUUUGUGUUGGUUCCUGCUCGUGGCAGUGACAUGUCCUGCUGCUUCCUUUCAAAAAUACUGAAUGGCCUUUUUUAAUGUGCCUCUCCUUGACUGGAGCAGUCUGCCCAUAGUCAUGUGCUGUCCAAAGGUUAUAAAGGAACAGACGGAAACUGAACAGGGAGUAAAGAGAUAAAAUAAUUAUGGUUUAUUCUGUAAAUAUGUGAAGUAUGUGGCCAAUAGGAUGUACAUUUAUUUUUGAACCAAAUUUCAUCUGCUUUGUUAGACGUAAUCAUUUUGGUAAAAAGUUUUUUUUUGAGUAAGAUUCCUUCUCUCCUGAACAAACAUAAUAAUAAUAUGACACUAGUGGUACCAUCACAUUAUGAUCUGAGGUGUAAGUCAACGUGCAUGUCUGCAGAGUAAUAUUGUAAAUAAGAAACACCUAAUGGUGCAACCUAAGAUGAAAAUGUCUCCCAAGGAAACUAAAGAUUGUUUUUAACAUUUUAUCUUAAUUUAUUGGGUUAAAACUCAACUCAGAUGUGGUUUGUUAAAUUUAAAUCUGUUAAAAAAAACAUAGGCAAAACUGGUUAAUCAGUUGUUGACAAACCUUGUUAAACUUGUUAUUCAUCUGGUCUUUAAAUAUUGGGACGUCAAUGAACACAGUUUAAGGUCAUGAUGAUAGCAUAAUAAAUGAUAGGAUGAGCGUCAGAUUGUUAUAUUACUUCUCAAAAUUGACAUUUUAAAACAUAACAAUUCAGCUCCUCUCAGUCUUGUUUAAGUUGUGCCUGUGGAUUGUAUUUUCUGUGGCUAAUAGCCGAUGCUUUUCUUAAUUUCUUUGUAUUUGUUGUACCUAUGAUUACAGUGUCGGCCUGGUUUGCUCUUGCACUGCAGCUGGCUCACUCACGGCUACUUAAAAAGAAAGGAAACUGUUGUAUACGUGUGCAUCCCUUUCCAUAAACCUUUUCCCAGAUUUUGUAAAAUCAGUUGGAAAUACAUUGUGUCGUGUGCUGCUAUUGCGCAAUAGAUAUUUUCGACCGUAUGAAUUGAAUAUUUUUGAAGUGAGAGGAUGGCAUAGACCUUCUAAAGGAAGAGCAGUGACUUUUGCUGUUUGAGAAUAUCGGAUAGAGUGAUCAGUGCUGUUCUGGGUGUGUUAAAACCUUAAUUAGUGGCAGAUCUACCUGAUUUGUUGUGUUUUGGAGAGUUAUAAUAUUACAUUUUAUGUUUGAGGUAUUUGGGGUGUAGCGUACAUGUACUGUAUCUGUGUGUGUGUGUGUGUGUGUGUGUGUGUGUGUGUGUGUGUGUGUGUGUGUGUGUGUUGGCCUCCGUAUGGAUGCAUGAAUGUAAAUAUUGUCCAUAUCAAAGCUGAUAUCGGUGAAGUUUGGGGUUAAAUGUGUAUAAGCUCCUUGAUUGACUCAUGUGUCUCCUGCUUCGUCCGAGCGAUAAAUCCAUCCGCUGUAUCUCUGUUGUACAUCUCUGUGUGUCCUUGGCUUUCACCUGCUACUCUGUGUGUGUGUGUAUGCGUGUGUGUGUAUGUGCGCGCUCAGACUUGCAUGUGUGUACGAAAACUUUUAUUCUUUUGUGCUCAACUUUGUGUUCUUACUGUAAAUCCUCCUGGCAGAAAAAUGAUGGCAAUAUUCAGAUUUAUUUUGUUGAGAAAAAUGUGAAUGUAUCACUCUCGUAAGUUCUGUUCAUCCAUUUUAUGGAGGUAGUGAACUGUAUGUCGACAAUAAAGUUGUGAAUAUUAUCGUGAAGGGCCUGCCAGUCAGAGGAUGACUGAGCUGUAUGUUCAGAGGUCCGUAAGUGUGAAAAUAUGUGAAGAAAUAUUUGCCAAAUGAUGCCCUAUGAAUAAUGUUAGAAACUGGAAAGGCAGGAAUUGCAGACCGUGCUGCUUUUGAACAUAUAUAAUAAAAGUUAUGUUCUCUAGCAAAUUA